AUUAUUACAUAUAAUAAGAUAAUACUAAAUAGCUUAUACUGAUCUGUUAUGUCAGGAAGGUACAUUCCAGGUUCGUUUGUGAGGCGAAAAUGCAUUUUUCAAUACCUGAUACACAGGAAUUAAAUGAAGGCAGUGGAUCUACCUUUAUUGGUUAUAAUAUACAUAUUAAUGGUGUUUUCCAUUGCACUGUCCGCUACAAGCAACUCCACAAUUUAAAUGAGCAAAUGAAGAGGGAGUUUGGCUCUGAAAAUGUUCCUGUUUUUCCACCUAAAAAGUUGCUCCCACUAACAUCUGGUCAGCUGGAAGAGAGACGAACUUUACUAGAAAAAUAUAUACAAACAGUUGGACAAGAUUCAAAAAUAAUGUCUUCCAAUUUAGUAUCUGGAUUUUUCUUAUCCGCCCAGCAAGAGACUGCAUGCAAAGAAAAACAAGAUAUAAAUUUUGAUGUUUAUACAAUGAACAAUGGUUUAAUUAAAAUUAGGUUGCCAAACACUGAUUCUUCACAAAAAGUGUUGAGAAAAUCUUUAAAGCAUAUCAACUUGCCUGCAGAAUAUAUGCCUUUUUUUUCACUUUACCUUGUUAAAGUUGAUAAUGCAGGUAAUAUCACUACAGUCCUCAGAAAGCUGCUUGACUUUGAAUCACCAUACUUGACCCAACAGGCUAUUAGGACUGAGACUAGGAUAGUAAUUAGGAAAAACUAUUGGAGCAUGCAAUAUGAUAAAGAACUUAUGACAGAUCCCAUAGCCCUUAACCUGCUGUACAGUCAAACUGUAACUGAGAUAGAAAGAGGCUGGAUAAUAGCAAUGCGUGAAUCCAAAUCGCAACUUGAUAAAUUAAAAAUGGGAUUAGCUAAGAAGGAGUAUAUUGAGUUUGCUCAAAAGCUAAAAUACUAUGGUUUUAUGCAGUUUGGGAAUUGUUACUGUGAUUAUCCUAAACCUCGAACAAAGGUGUUAGUUUCAAUAGGAGAGGAGGAAUUAAGUUUGCGUAUUCUUGGCCCUGGGAAUUUGGUGAAAGAAGGUGUUUUUAAGGUUAUUAGGAUGAAAUGCUGGAGGGUUAUUGCCACUAACGUAGAUUAUAAUAACCAAAUAGAAAACUCGUUAUAUGCCUGCAAUAACAGCUCUCAUAUGAUGUCGAGUUUGGAACUGUCUUUUGAGUACCUUAUGUCAAAAGAUAAAUUACAGUGGAUAACUAUAAGCAGUGACCAGGCAAUUUUAAUGUCUGUAUGUUUGCAAUCCAUGGUCGACGAGAUACUAAUGAGAAAGAAUGCAUAUAAAAAAAAGAAUCUUCAAAAAUCCACUGAGGAGUGGACUUAUAUGAAACGGGAUGGAUCUUGCCAGAUUAUAUCCAACAGAAGCAUAGAUUUGGAUAAUUUUGAGGAUCAAGAAAAUAAUGAAGCGGAUAACUACCAAGAACCCUUUUCCGUUAAAUCCCUGCAAGAAAAAUUUUCAAGUGUGUCUUUUAAAAAUGGAAGAAGGCACGAAAAUCACGCUUUUGAAGGAAUUGGAGAUGAUGAUUUAUAGUUAACAAAAAAUACUGAAAAACAGGGUGUUUUGUGGUAAGCGUCCUAACUUUUUAAUCCAUGAUCUGACUACAACUUUUAUGACUAUUAUAAUAUUCUAAUUUAAGAAUAUCAAUUUAAAUAUGACCAUUUUUUAUGUAUUUAUUAUUUUUGUUUUUGUUUAACUUUGAAACUGUUUUCGUUUGUGGAUGCUAACUGUCUAAACAUAUUUUACAGAAAACGCAAUUUGUUAAUUAUUUUAUUUGUUGCUUUUGAUUAUUAAAUUAGGUAUAUUAAGUUCUUUUGUUUAGGUUUAAGUUCUAGCAAUACGUACAUUUUUUAAAAGUUAGCUUUGAUAUGUAAUUUUUCAGGUUUAAAAAUGAGAUCCUGUGACAUUUAUUAGAUUUAAAAAAUAUAUAAAUUUCAUGUUAGUAAUUAAGUUUUGAUCCCAAUUAAUUUUGCAUAUUUUUAUAUUUACUUUCUAAAGGGAGAGGCAAAUUAAAUUACAUAUACUUCAAACAUUUUAAGACAUAAUAGAUUAUUAUUUUGAUCAAAAGAAUAGUAGUUAAUUUUCACAAUUUUAUACGUGAAAAGACAUUUAUAUUUAUAGAUGACUUCGGUUGUUUUGUAGCUCAGCUAAAAGUUUUGGGCGUCCUAGGCUUUGAGAUAUCCCUUUAACAUAGAGUGCGUACCAGUAGUUUUGUUUAGUUGCAUAAUUUAAUUUUUUCAGCUGAUGUUUUAAGAGCUUUUGGCAUUUUUCAACAUUUUGCUUCCAUCCAUAGAAACAUAAAGGAUUGGAUGAGGAUGUUGACCAAUACGAGGUCCAUGUGCAAGGGUCAUGCGCACUCGCAUAUUCGUACAUUACUGCAUUUUGUGUACGACUAUUUUCUUAUCUAUAAACAUAUCUGCAUUAAUGAGAGAAUGUUUACAAAUAGUUGUUAUUCCCAUACUACACGGGGACACAAAUGGGCUUUUCCACAGGAAUCUAACGGUGCACUUCUUGUGAGAGAAUUAAAUCUGGGCGAAUAUUUAAAUGGGACAUGAAUACGGACGAAAACUACGGCACUUUACAAAGGUUAGCUUUACGUAUAUAUUACGUACCAUGAUGCCUCUCAUUUGAUUGCACGGGACUGCAGCUUGUAACAUUAUUUUCCCAGAGCAUACGUAGAUGCUGAAGUUCUGACGAGGUUCCUGAGUGUUUUGUUUGUAAAAUGUAGAUUACCUUUUUAGAUAAUAUUUUUUUUACAUAAUUCUAAUAAAUUUUUAAUAGAUGAACCUAAUUAAGUGAGGGGCUCUAGAACUUUGCGCUGGCGUUUUUUGUUCUGGUGAGCUCGCUAUAAAAUUGAAGCAAAUAUUGGGUCUUUAAAACGUUUAACAAGAAUGUUACAGAAUUAUGAUUCGAGUGUUUUUUAUAAAAGUAAUCCACAUCUGUUUUUUUUUUUACUUUUUUAGAUAUGCAUAUAUAUGCAUUUAAUUUGAAAAAAGAACAUUUCAAUUUAAAUGCAUAGAUUAAAAAUCAAUACAGUAAAAUAGUAUAUUGGUAUAUAUCAGAAUACAAGAUCCCAUAAAUAUUAUAUUUACGCGGGAAUUUAAUUAUUUUAUAUUUUCUGCUUUGGUAAUUAAAUUUGAUUAAAUUUCAUUAUCAGAUUCGUGGCUUUAUGAAUAUAUUUUGUACCUAUUUAUAAAUAUUUCAAAAAGUUAACAUAUUUAAACAUUUUAACAUAUUACUCUCUUAUUUAAAAAUAGCACAUACACAGGUCCAUUUAACCUAUAAACAUUGGUAAACCUUUAUUGAAAAAGACUCGGAUUAUUUAUGGUAUUUAUUAUUUACUAUAAUCAAUUUAGAAAGUAAGUCCUCUCUGAAAGAACUUAUUCCAUCAUACCGUGAAAACAUAAUAAAUUUGUAUAUUUUUUAAUUGCUUUAAGAAUCAAUAAGUAAUUUUAGAUAUUUACUGUAAGUAAUAGUCCUACGGUUUCAUUUUUUAACCGCGGCUUGAACAAAAGUGUCAUCAAACCAUUACAAGAAAGAUGGAUAAUUACAUUUUAUGUAAUCUAUGGGUUAUAUGUAUAUUGUACAUGUAAAAUUUAGGCAACGUAGAAUUUAUUAUUUGAAGUUUUUUACCUGUAUAAAAAUUUUAAGAUAUAAACAAAAAAUAAUAAAAAUACAUUCCCUGCCCUUUAUUUAUUUAACAUACUUUUGAUACUUUUAUAUAAUUGGAAAUAAUACUAGGAAUUUACAAUAUUCGUACAUUGACAAGGCAAUUGCAUUUGUAUUAUAUGUUUAUUUAUUAUUUUAAGAAAAUAUAUCUUUUUAUUGAAA